AUGCUCCUCGAGGAGGUUGCAAAGGCAGUCGACAAGCGCAGUAUAUAUGACGUCUUGUGCGGUGUUCCUGCUGGCUAUGUCUUCAAGUACGAAAAGAAAUAUACCAUCUUCUGUGCCCUCAUUAAUUAUCUUGUCAUCGUUGCUGUCGUUCUUGAUCUCAGUCAACCUGUUCACUUGCUGGAGGUCGGCAGCAAUUCCGCGCACGGCAAAGAAUAG